AAAUAGUGUGCGUGCCGGGAGCCGCCGUGUCAGUUCUCCUGUCGGCCGGGCUGAAGAGGACGAAAGUGACCCAGUGGACGUCAGUGCAUAUACAAACAUGCGCGUCUUACAAGUAUUCGCAUUCGUCGCAGCCUGCGCCGCUGCUAGCGCCGGUUACAUAGGCCACUCUGGCUACAGUGGCCACUCUGGCUACGGUGGCCACUCUGGCUACGGCGGCCACGGUGGCUAUGCUGGCUACGGCGGUCAUGGUGGCUACGACAGCUACAGUGGGCUAGGCGGCUACGGAGGCUAUAGUGGCCACGGAGGUUAUGAAGGCCACGGGGGCCAUGGCGGCUACGCUGUGGCGCACGAUGAUGGCCAGCACGGAGACUAUCAUUCUCAUCCAAAAUACGCGUUCGACUACUCCGUGAAGGACCCUCACACCGGCGACCACAAAACCCAGUGGGAAACGCGCGACGGUGAUGUUGUUAAAGGCGCAUACUCCCUCGCUGAACCUGAUGGCACUACCCGCAUCGUAGAAUACACCGCUGACAAGCAUAAUGGCUUCAACGCAGUGGUCAAGCGCAUCGGCCACGCUCACCACCCGCAGGUGUACGGCCACGACACUCAUGACGCACACGGUUACUACGGAUACCACUAGGUGGCGCUGAAAUCAAUCAACCGCUUGCGCUUUACCAAAUAGUAACGAUGGAGUGAUAGAUGGCGUUAAGAGUAUUUAAAUAAGCGCUCGAGUUACCUUUUGAGAAUUGACGUUCUGUGAUAUAAAGUGGAUUUUCUAUGAUUUUACCAGUAAAUAUAGGUGUCAGAAAUAUAGAAUCGUAUAAGACUA